GACGAAGGCCGUGAAGAAAGCAAUACUACGAUGACAACAUCUCAUAACCAAAACGAAGCCAACGACGAAAACGAUGCAGACGGAUUAUCACUUGAAAAAAUCUCGAAUAGUCCAUGCAAGAACGCAAAUAUCUGCAAUAAAACUUUACCGUACUCGUGUAAUUGCAGAUCAUUGGCAAUCGAACUUGAAAGCGUAAAGUGGGACAUAGUUAUUUUACAAAAUAGCAUUGAGUCGUCAAAUAAUAAAAACACAAAUUCCUCUGAAGAGUUAAGUAAGCUACAAUUAGAACUAAAAGAGGGACAACAUAAAAACCGCUUGCUUGUAGCUCAUAUAAAGACAGUGGAGGAAGAACGAGAUUCACUUCGCCUAGCUUUAAAGCUCCUUAUGCAAGACCAUACAAAUAAAUAUAUUGCUGUGGCUAAUGACCGGAACGAGCAAGGCAAGGCAGUCACUGGAAAAUUACAGGCAGAAAAUCAGAUAAAAACGACGACAGCAAAAAGAUAA